AUGACUGGACGUGGAAAAGGAGGAAAAGCCCGCUCCAAGGCCAAGAGCCGCUCCUCAAGAGCCGGGCUUCAGUUCCCCGUGGGCCGUGUCCACCGUUUCCUUCGCAAGGGCAACUAUGCCCACCGAGUAGGAGCCGGUGCACCGGUCUACUUGGCUGCCGUCAUGGAGUACUUGGCCGCUGAGAUCCUCGAGUUGGCCGGUAACGCCGCCCGUGACAACAAGAAGACGAGAAUCAACCCCCGUCACUUGCAACUCGCCAUCCGCAACGACGAAGAGUUGAACAAGCUUCUCAGUGGAGUCACCAUCGCACAGGGAGGUGUACUGCCCAACAUCCAGGCUGUACUUCUGCCCAAGAAGAGCGCUGCUGCAAAGGCCGGCAAGAAGUCUUCGCAAUCCAUGGAGUAUUAAAGUUUCCAGUAAACUCAAAUCAACCGGCUCUUUUCAGAGCCAACACAAAAACAAAAGAGACGAAAUGUACCAUGUUUGUUGACUCGUUUCCUUGUGAAUAACUUUCAUUUAAUAAAAUGGGACAGGAUAUUUAUUGAUAAUAAGUGAUAAAUAAAACAUAGGCCUAACAAUAUAGCGUUGUAGUGUUGGAAAUGUAUCAUUGUCAAUUGCAUGCACAGGCCAAACAGUACUUCACGGAGGCAUUACAGGCGAUUUCCCCCAUCCAUGCCCCCCUGCCUUCGCGCCCUUAAAAUGCUAUAAUAUUGGUAAUUUCCCCAUAGGUGCCCUUUACAACUAGAGAAAAUGCCUUGUUGUCUGCAUGCAUGUAAUAUUUUGUCAGGCAUGUAUUAUUAAUUCAUUCGUCCAUCCUGGAAAUAAAUAAUUUGCUUUUAAAAAGACCCGCCCUACAACUAGGCAUGUAAUUCUUAUCUUGAAAUAGGCCCAAGUGUAGCCUACAUGUAAU